AUGCAACCGUUCCGCCCGCCGUCCGCCGAGGUCCGCACCGACUUCCGGCGCGCGCCGCCGACCGCCGACGGGUACGUCUGCGGCAGUGACGCCACAAGCCUCUUCAACGCCUCGACGCACACGGCGGCGAGCUCGUUCGUGGCGCCGCCCGCCGGCGUCCCUCGGCGCUUGGACGAGCCCGACGUCGUGAUCCUCUCAGAGGCGCCGCAACGGUUCCGGGCCAAGCCGCACGAGACAACCGACGAGUACUACGCGUAUCUCUGGACGAUCGAAGGCGCGCGCUACAAGAAGAUUUACUUUGGCGUCUGGGGCCUCCUGCUGGCCAUCGUGCUCGGCGUGCUCCUUGGGUACCUCGUCUCGAGUCUCACGCGCGGCGAGUACCCGCAGUCGAUCGAAUCUCUCUCGGACGCCGAGGUCAUUGCGGCCGCCAAGGACGUGCUCGCAACGUUUCUGCUCAAGCAGACGUGGACGUCGUGGAUCGAGCUCCCGGGCGACCUCCUCAUUCGCGCCAUGUCGUGUCUCGUCGUGCCGCUCAUUUUUGUCAACGUGACGGUCGGGAUCGCUGACAUUUGCGCCUUGCACAAAUCCUCCGUCGUCGGCUGGCGCAUGGUGUUCUUCUUCCUCUUGACGACCAUGGUCGCGGCCGGCGAAGGCCUCCUCUUUGCCGCGUUCAUUCCGUCGAGCAUCUUUCGAACCGGCGAUGUGACACUGACGAUUCCCAAGCAGCUCGACGUCCCCGUCGCGAUGAGCUGUCCCAACGGCGGCGGGUUCCUCGGCGUCCGGAACGGCUCGACCCAAAUGACGUGCCUACCGUCCGCGCCGCGCGCGUCGCUCAACCUUAUCGACGUCAACCAUACGUUUGCCCGCCGAGAAACGCUGCCGCAUGCAACGACGACGCCGGCCGACGUGGUCUUUAACCUGCUGGAGCUGCUCGUGACCGACAACAUCAUGGGCGCCUUUGCCCAAGAGAAUGCGAUUGUGAGCCUCGUCAUAUUCGCCAUGCCGCUCGGCAUCGCGCUCGGCAAGUUUGCCGACGUCAACAACCCGAUUUUGGACCUCUUCCGGCAGCUCAACUCGAUCUUCCUCAUCAUGAUUGGGUGGGUCAUCAACUUUGUGCCGAUCGCCAUCAUCUUUCUCGUCGCGUCGUCGUUUGCGCUGCCGGACGACCCGGCGUACCCCGUCAGUACGUGGAAGACCGUCAACAUCACGAUCGACCAAGCCGCCACGUGGCGGGUGGCGCUGCCAAUGGCAAUUACGCGCACAAACUCGUUCUUCUCCAACUUUGGCGUCGCCUUGCAUGCCGUCGGGACGCUCACGGCCAUCUUCAUUGCCGGGCUUGCCUUCCACGCGCUCGUCUUCUUGCCGAUUCUGACCUUCCUCACCACGCGGCGCAACCCGUAUUCGUACAUUUUUCGCCUCAACAAGGCGCUCAACUUUGGCUUUGGCUCGGCCUCGUCGCUCGCGGCGCUCCCGAUGACGAUCCAGGCGAUCGAUGCAACGCGCAGCGUCUCGCAGCAGCUGACGCGGUUUGUGAUCCCGAUCGGCACCGGCGUUCACCUCGACGGCGCGGCCUUUUACCUCUCGGCGUGUACAGUGUUUCUGCUCAAGGCGCAGACGGCGAACGACGACCCGAACUUUGCACUCUCGCCGUCCCGCGUCGCCAUGGUCUUCUUUACGUGCGUCAUCAACGCGUGGAGCUGUGCGCCGAUCCCGCACGGUGGCCUCCUCGCACUCAACGCCGUGUGGCUGGCCGUGACGCCGGACCUGCCGACGACGUACAACUUGCCGAUCGGCUUUGUGUGGGUGGUUGCGAUGGACGUCCUCUUGGAUCGGUUCUCGACCGUCGUCAACAUCCUCUCAAAUGCUGUCGUCACGCGCAUCAUUGCCGAACAAGUCGAUGAAACGUACAUCGACGAACUCGACCGUGGCUCGGGCGGCACCGACGCCUUUCUCCAGUAA